AUGGACACUGUAGUUCCCGUGUGCUCCGACGCCACCAUCGAAAAUGGAAACAGCGGCUAUUAUACGCCAAAGGGUCAUCUCAAUCAAACAAUUAUUAAAGAAGCCGAAGCGGCGCGCUCAAGUCGACGACUCGACAGCCCACGAAUUUCAACAACGUCCAGCGAGUAUUCGGUUCCGGUUUCACCAUUUCCCUCAACGUCGCCGCUAAUUGUUAUCAGCCCGCCGAAAGACGAAUCUGCACCAAUCACCAUUCUCCCAGCAAGUCCUCGUCCGCCAAUGCCUGAAACCCAUCGGCGAUCUCUUAUCGUUGCCAUAAUUGCAGCAUUUCUCGUAUUCAUCGCCGUCAUUUUUAUGCUACAACUAGUCAUCAAUGCCUAG